AUGUUAUAUAGUGUUGAUUAUGUAAACUGUGAGAGGAUAUGGCUGUGCCGACGCGGCCCGCUGGGUGAUGGUGCUCACGGGCACGAUAAAGUCCAUAACUUCUGGGUCAAGCACUUUGAUGCCGUGCACGAACAGCUAGCACGAGCACUUAGUGAGGUCACCAGAGACCCAAGUAUUCUACCAGACUGGUUCACCACAGGAGUGACAUUCCUACUCACAAAAGGCAAGAACACAAAGGACCCAAAGAACUAUCGUCCGAUAACUUGCCUCCCAACAAUGUAUAAGGUGCUAACCGCUUUGAUCUCUGAGAGGAUGUACGCCCAUCUGCUUGCCAACGACGUCCUGCCAACCGAGCAGAAGGGAGGCAGGAAAGCAAAGCGAGGAUGCAAAGAUCAACUCCUCGUCGACAAAGCGGUCAUAGAGGACGCGAAGAGAGGCAAACGCAACCUCAGCAUGGCUUGGAUAGACUACAAGAAAGCCUACGAUAGCAUCCCGCACAGUUGGAUCAUUGCAGCUAUGAAGAUCUACAGAACCUGCUCGACCAUCGUCAAGUUCCUGGAAACAGCAAUGAAGGAGUGGAACACCGAGAUGCAGCUAUAUCACUCAGGCGGCUGCAUUAAAACUGGUAGAAUUGCGAUCAAAAGAGGAAUUUUCCAAGGCGACUCCUUGUCGCCACUGCUAUUUUGUUUGUCACUGGUUCCCCUGACCAAUAUGUAUGUAGUGCACAAAGAGCACAGAGUCAGCCACCUACUAUACAUGGAUGACUUGAAGCUCUUCGCAAAGGAUGACGGUCAACUGGAUCAAGAGCUUGAUGGCGAAACCGAGAUCUUGACCCUUAAUCAAGAAGAAGUCUACAAGUCCCUCGGAGUAGACCAGAGCGACGGAAUACAGCACAGUCUCAUGAAGGAGAAGAUCCGGAAAAAGUAUUACCGUCGGGUCAGACUCAUCCUCGACACUGAACUCAACGCCAAGAACAAGAUGCACGCAAUAAACAGCUUAGCCGUGCCAGUGCCGCAGUACAGCUUCGGGAUCAAUGACUGGAGAGAAAUAGAGAUCCAGGAAAUGGACAGGAAGACCCAGAAACUACUAACAAAGUACGGAGUCCUGCAUCCGAAGGCUGACAAAGACCGAAUCUAUAUCCCUAGAAGUAGUGGUGGUCGUGGACUCAUCGAGCUGGUAAGUGCAUACAAGAGCGCGAUCGUCGGCCUAAGCGAGUACAUCAAGCGAGGAGAUGACAAGUAUACCCGACUCGUAAAGAGACACGAAUCAGAGAAGAGGAAAUACUCUCUUGUCAACAAAGGCGAUGAAUUCAAGAAGUAUAUACCGCCCCAGCCCGGAGCCCAGUCAACACAGCCAAGUUUGCAAACCAUCAAGCGACAGAUGAAGGAAGCGUUGGCUGACGAGAAAAUCAACACCUACUCGUCGAAGCCUCUCCACGGUCAAUUCUACAGUCAAACAUUCGAGAAUUACGUAGAUAGAAAAUUGACCUUUGGAUGGCUUCGGAGCUCUGGGCUCAAAGGACAGACAGAGAGUCUCCUUACGGCAGCACAAGAUCAGGCGCUGAACACCAGAUACCAUCAGAGGAAGAUCUUGAAGAUGGAGGUGGACAGCAAAUGCAGACUUUGCCAGCAGCAAGAAGAGCAUGUCAGCCACAUAGUUGCUGGCUGCUCGGUACUAGCGCUAAAUGAGUACACCCAUAGGCACAACCGGAUAGCUAGCUACCUGCACUGGUCAAUUCUAAGAGAGAUUGGCCUCCCUGCAUCUGAUCAGUGGUACGAGCAUCAGCCGGAAAAAGUCGUUGAAACAGAGACAAUCACUGUGAUGUACGACAUGCCUGUUAACGCAGAUCGGACCAUUGGAGCCAAUCGACCGGACAUCAUCUUCCACGACAAGGUCAAGAAAAGAUGUCUAUUGAUUGACGUGGCAGUGCCAAGUGAUGCGAAUGUAUCGUCCAAAGAAGCAGAAAAGAUCAGCAAAUACAAGGACCUUGAGAUCGAGAUUUCGCGCAUGUGGCACACUAAGACCCGCGUGAUACCGGUCGAAGUCUUCUAUGUCUUCUUCCUCUGUGUCAGGGUGACAACUAGUGAUGUAUAA